AGCUAACCGACGCUAAGCAACGUUGACUCUACAUCGAGAGUACAAGUUAGCCGUAGUUAGGCAUGACUAUGGAGCGAGGGUGCUGUGUUGCCUGGAGAAUACCCACACGAUUGGCGGUGACGGCUGGAAUGUGGCUUGCCCAGACGUUGUUAGACCGCGUACUUUUAAAUCAACGUCUUCCUUCAAAUUGUUCGAAAUCUUGAACUCACCACAUGAAAUCCUUUGCUUCGUUUAUUAUGGAGAUGGGUUCGCUCAUUGCUCAGGAGAUCCAAGGUCUGAGCAAAGAUGGUGACACGGCGGGAUCGAAUAACAAUGGCAACCAACUCAAAUUACCUGGUUUCGGGUUGCCCAUUGACUUUCUGCCACGAUGGAACAGACACGACGAGGAAUGGGAGCGAUUUCCUCACGGAAUCGCUGAUCCCAUGGCCAGCGACGGCGUGACUGUUCGAGAGCGAAGGAUGCUCGAAUUUGUCAAUCAGAUUACAGAUAAGCCGGAAUGGGAACGUAAAGUCUUUGAUGAUGCAAUUGUAGAGAAAUGGCGUGCCGAAGCUUGCAAAUACCAUGAGGACAUUGAGGACGAGUUUCUUUCAGAAGAAAUGUUCAAGCACUGUUUGGCAGAGCUUCGCGAGAAGGCAGAGCGUUUCAAGACGACAAGGACGAUUGCCAUCUUAGACGCCGAAGUAACUGUGGUUAAAUCAGAUGUUCUUGUCUCCGCUUCCAUCCUUGAUGGUUUGAAACGCGGUGUUCAGCCUAUGGAGAACGUGCCAGAGCACAAGAAGGACUGGCAUCCAGGCUCAAAUGAGAUGGUUCUUGACUUAGUUCACCCAAGCAUGUGUCCACUCAUUUACGGUGUAUCUCGGGUUUUACCUUAUGGAAAGGUGCCCCUUGAAGAGUGCGCCAAAUACUCUGGAGCCGGCGAAGUGGUACAAACCAUGCCCGGUCAAAUUACUCAUAAGGUCCAGCUGAGCGCAUGGAAUAACCCCAGCGAACUCCCCGUUUGGGGCUCCUUUCAAUGGUUGCCAGCAGACAUCAAGUUUCGCGAUGACGGCACUGCUGCCAUCACUAGCUACAUCAAUGGACUCCAUCCUGCAAAGCAUGCAGAACUUUAUCCUAUCCUGGAGCAGCUUGUUGACUGCGCUAUCCCCCUAUGGAAUGAGACUCUAUCUUGGUUCCAUAACCGCAUCAGGCUGAGAAUAGACGGCAGCAGCGACGACGACUACUUCAUUCCUGAAGGAGUGAAAUACGAGGGCGCAAGCGACCACUCAGAGAGCUCUGACUUUUGGUGGGAUGACGACGACUACCGCGACUGGAAGGAACAAAAUCGAGUGCUUAAGCAGAGGGAGCCGGAACCAUUUACCCCUUUUCAAGAGCGGAUUCAGAAGAACCCCGCAGGAGCUCGUCCUGUUGAUCUGCGAAAAAAGUUUGCCACCUCCGGCCUCCAGAUCAUCUUUAAGUUGGCGAACAUCCAACUUACGCCGGAGAAACCAGAGUACAAAAAUGGAUCGUGGCAUGUAGAAGGAGCCUUGAAUGAACACAUCUGUGCGACCGCGCUUUAUUACUACGACCAAGAAAACAUCACAGACAGCUACUUGAGUUUCAGACAGUCAAUUGACGUGGAAGAACUGACAAUGAAGCCGGCGCAAUCCGAGUAUACUUCGCUCGAGGCGUAUUUCGGCGUUGAGCAAGAAGGCCCUGCUAUACAGGAGCUUGGAAAAGUACUGACACGAGAGGGACGCAUGUUGGCAUUUCCAAAUGUGCUUCAGCAUUGCGUUAGCAGCUUCAAGUUAAAGGACGAGACUAAGCCGGGACACCGCAAGCUUCUUGCCAUGUUUCUCGUAGAUCCUCAUAUACCAGUGUUGUCGACAGCGAAUGUCCCUCCCCAGCAAAAAGAUUGGUGGGCACAGGAGGUUAAAAAGGUAGCUCCAUUCUCCAGUCUUCCUCAAGAAAUCUUCGACAAUAUUAUCGACAUGGUUGAAGGGUUCCCCUUGGGCUAUGAUGAACAGUGCGAGAUUAGGGAUAAACUUAUGGGAGAAAGAGGCAUGAUGGUUGAUCAACUGAACGAUGCCCUUGCACAAGAAACUUUCUUCUUCUGUGAACAUUGAAAUUAUUACGUUUGCUGCUUUUAGGCAUUUGUUGACAGUCGCGAGAUCUAUACUUAGGUAGAUUUGUUUCAUUCAAUGAAUCUGUGCCGUAAACAUUUCAAGGCAAAGGCCCUGCGAAACAUUUUUCACUCAAGUUUGAACCUCCAUCAAUCAUACACAUAUUCCACCACAGUCUGCUCCACCUGCGCUAGGAUCGCAGCUGUCUCUGGGGUCAUCGACGCACC